AUGCUUUUCGAGAUGGCACUGGAGGCGACAAUUGAUCAACAAAACAUGGCCUUCAACCCGGCCAAAUUGCAUUCUUCCAUAAAGAUACCAUUUCCGAAAUCAUCGUCCAUUGAAAAUGAAUACUUUGUGUAUCAUCAGGCCGAUCUGUUUUCUCAGAGUUUCUCGGCGAUUGAGGGAAUACGCCGUAUGGGAAAACUGUGCGAUGUCACACUGAAAGUAGAAAACAUGUCAUUUAGUGCCCAUCGCAUAGUUUUAGCCGCCACGGUACCGUAUUUUAAUGCUAUGUUUACACACGACAUGAUUGAAAGUACCCAAAAAGAUAUUGUGAUGCACGGAAUUGAUCCUGAAGCAUUGGAAGCAUUGAUUAAUUUUGCAUACAGUGGCCGAAUAUCAAUAAAUGUCAAUAAUGUUCAGUCACUAUUAAUUGGAGCUUCAUUUUUGCAGUUGAAAUGGGUACGAAAUGCUUGUGCAACAUUCAUUAAAGAAAGGUUUCAUCAAAAUAAUGUUUUAAAAGUACGUACAUUAGCUGAUUCGUUGGGAUGCUUUGGCUUAAUGACUGAUUCUAAUAGAUAUAUAGCUCAGUAUUUCCCUGAUAUAUCACUAUCUGAAGACUUCCUAAAUCUUAAUAUUUCUGAAAUAAUUGACAUAGUCAAUAAAGAUGAGCUACAAGCAUCUGAAGAACAGGUAUUCGAAGCAACUAUUCGUUGGGUGAAACAAGACGAAUUAAGACAAGAAUGUUUUCCUCAAUUGCUUGCUGCUGUAAGAUUACCAUUACUUUCACCUCAUUACUUGGCUGAUAGAGUUGCUACUGAAGAAUUAAUUAGAUCAUCUCACGAAUGCAGAGAUUUAUUAGAUGAAGCUAAAGACUACCAUUUAAUGCCUGAAAGAAGACUUUUGUUACAAAGCUUUCGCACUAGACCUCGCUGUGUCAGUUAUAUUCGUGGACACAUUUAUGCAGUUGGUGGACUUACAAAAUCAGGUGAUUCACUAAGUACUGUAGAAGUCUAUAAUCCCUUGACUGAACGAUGGGAGCUUGCAGAAGCUAUGAGUAUACUACGUAGUAGAGUUGGAGUAGCCGUAUUAAAUAAUAAAUUAUAUGCGUUUGGAGGCUAUAAUGGAAUAGAAAGACUAUCUUCAGUAGAAGUAUUUGAUCCUGCAACAAAAUCUUGGAAUAUAGUUUCACCAAUGCAUCGAAAACGCAGUGCCCUUGGAGCAGCUGCACUAAAUGAUCGACUAUACGUGUGUGGAGGUUUUGAUGGAGUCAGUUCAUUAAAUAUUGUUGAAUGUUAUCAACCCGAUUUAGAUCGAUGGACAAUCAUUACACCAAUGCAAAAACAUAGAAGUGCUGGUGGAGUAGUUGCGUUUGAUGGUUAUAUUUAUAUUCUCGGAGGUCACGAUGGUCUAAGUAUUUUUGACUCAGUUGAACGAUAUGAUACUUAUACAGGUCAAUGGCUAUCUGUUACACCUAUGUUAAUAAAACGUUGUCGCUUAGGAGUGGCCACAUUGAAUGGUAAACUUUAUGCAUGUGGUGGAUAUGAUGGAUCAACAUUUUUACAAACUGUUGAAGAAUAUGAUCCUCAGACGGACAAGUGGAGAUUUGUGGCUUCAAUGAACGUGACAAGGAGCCGUGUGGCGUUGGUAGCCAAUGCUGGAAAAUUGUGGGCCAUUGGUGGGUAUGAUGGAUUUUUGAAUCUACCCACUGUAGAAGUGUAUGAUCCGAAAGCUGACUGCUGGACAUUUGCAGCAUCCAUGUGUGCCCAUGAAGGUGGAGUCGGAGUCGGUGUCAUACCCAUACAAGAGCCCGAGGUUCCAUAA